AUGCCCUCGAUUCGAACCCCAAUCAUCAUGAUCUCAUAUGGAGGCAAAACAAACCAGUUCAAACAUCGAGACGGCGAGGUUAAGAACGAGGGCAACUUAAUUUGGACGUUCAAUCGCACACGACCCUUCUUUGUAUACAUGAACACUCGGUUUGCAAGACGCAUACAUACUUCCAAGAUGGCCCUUCCAAUCAGCAGUCCAUCACCGCGUUUAGAUCGAUUCGGACAGGCCAUGGAGUCACUUUAUGGGAGCUUCACCAACAUAGAAAACCCAGCGAAGUGGACACCACCCCCAAUGUCAGGAGGCCACCGCGGAAGAUACCUGUGGACAGAUGCCUUUGGGGUUAUCAACCUGAUCACGAUGCAUCGCGAGUAUAGGAGGUGUGGCAGUGGGACGGGAGAUGACAAUCGGUAUCUCAUAUUUGCAGACUCUCUUAUCCAAGAGGUUCAUGAAGUACUAGGUAGGCAGCGGGAUGGUCGGUCCCGACUGCCUGGGGCAACAGAUGCGAAUCCAUUGGGAGGUGGAUUGAGGAUUGGGAAGACAGAAGACUAUGGAUCAGAUGCCGAUGGACAAUAUCACCAUUACCUAACUGUGUGGAUGUUUGCAUUGAACCGGAUGGGUCGAGCGUCGGGUGAUGUGAAGUAUAAUCGAUUGGCUGUACAGUUGGCGAAAGCGAUUCACUCCAAGUUCUUCAUUGAUCGGGCGGCGGCAAAACCGAGGAUGAUAUGGAAAAUGGAUGUGAAUCUUUCAGAGCCGGUGGUGAAGUCGGAGGGAAACCUUGACCCAAUUGACGGGUAUGUUGUGUUUCGAAUCCUGCAAGCUUCAGCCAUAGAGGCAGGAGAUGGUGAGAUCCUGGCCGAGGAGAUCGGGGACUACAAACGCACUAUGGAUCGCAAAGGAGAACAUUUUGUCUCGAGCGAUACCCUGGAUUUGGGGAUGACACUCUGGACGGCACACUGGUUCUGCGCGACAGAGGACUGGGCUGCUGAUUUGACAAAGAAGUGUUUCGACCAAAUAUACAACCUCUUUGAAACCAAUAAAUACUUGGAGCGCAAUAUCAAGUUUAGGCUGGCCUUCCGUGAGUUCGGUGCCUCCAUGGGUAUCCAAUGUCAGGCUGAGAUACACGCGGAGAAAGAUCGCUCGGUCGAUCUCAAAUGCUACUCCGAUGCCAUCAUUGCUGCAUGGGAUCCAUAUAUGGAGUUGUCAAUAUCUGAUGGCUUGACACCGGAAGAUCUGAGGCCGAUCACGAGGGUGAUGUAUGCAGCUGCUUUGAUUCCUGGUGGUAAGUGA